ACUCGAGAUCAGCUGCGUCCACGAUGAACGGAUACGACUUUGAGUAUGCGCUGCGUGUUUCCGCUUCGGUGUGCACGUGCGUCCAGUUCUUGUCCGGACUAUUGAUAUGUGUUAAUUUCGUGAAGAAGGGCAAAGUAUCGAACGAGUCUGUAGUACCAUUUGUCACUGGAUUUCUAUCGUGUUCACUGUGGUUGUAUUAUGGUAUGAUAUUGGUCAACAGCACUUUAGUGUCAGUGAAUGCUUUUGGCUGUUUGCUGUUUGCGAUAUACAUAUGGAUAUACUAUAGAUACACGUCAAAAAAAAAACGAGUGAUGCAGUAUGUAGUAUCAGCUAUUGCUGUUAUAGCGUGGAUUGUGUAUAUUACAUACACAAAUGUAAAUCAAAAGCAGUCAAAAACUGUGUCAUCCAUAGAAUUACAUCAGCCUCAAUCAGUGGAGAAGGCUGCAGUAACGCCUUUAAGUAUAUCAGACACAUCAAUCAUCUCUUCAACCACUAAUGAUGCUAUAGAUCGUGUUGGAUUUUUAUGUUCUCUCACUACUAUGUUAUUUUUUGCUGCACCAUUUUCAAAUUUAAUUCAUGUGAUAAGAACUAAAAAUACAGAGUCAAUGCCGCUGCCAUUGAUUAUAAUGACAUUCCUUGUUUCUGCUCAGUGGCUGGUUUAUGGCCGAAUGUUACGUGACAAGUUUAUGAUGUACCCAAAUGCUGUUGGAUGUAUGCUUUCUAUCAUACAACUAGCUCUAUUUGUUAUUUAUCCUAGAAAGUCGACUGUACCAUUGACCACUGAACUCCAUAAUCAUCACAAUCCAUAUCCAUAUAUUAAAUUAAUGGAUGCAUAAAUGUAAAUUUCAUUAUUACUUUACCAAUGUCUGUAAAUAUGUUGGGUAGAUAAUGUUGCAGUCUUCAUGACCGUGAUGUUUUAUCAGAGAAGUACAAAAUACUAAAAUCUAAAACUAUAAAAAAAUCUAAGUAUUGUUAUGAUGUUAUUAUUAUUGAACAUAUAUUCUAAGUGUUACACUUGUGAUAUUUAUAUUAUAAUUUAAAUUAAUUAUAUUUAGUUUUCAUGUUGUUGUUCUAUACCAUUAGUGGUAGUAUAAUUGGUAAAUUAUGUUGUUGUCGCAGAAUUAUGUGAUUUAUUGAUGGCUGUUAAUUAUGUUUUUUCAGUAUUGUAUUCUAUAAAUUAUUUUAUAUAAAAAUGUAAAACAGUAUUUAACGUUUUUCUCAACCAUCGUGUAUUAUCACUUAUUAAAUACUUAUUAUGUUCCUUCUAGUUUUUAGUUAGGGCAAAAUAAGAAACCCCACACUAUUGUAAUUAUUGAUAUCCCAUUUGGAAGUAAAGCAGUCUAUGAAGUACAUAAACUUACAAUGUAUUUAUUUUAAGGCAAAAAGUAUUAAAAAUUAAAUCAUUAAUAGUGUAAUAUUAUAGUUAUUUAUAAUUUUUAUUUUUCAUUUAAAAUGUGUUAUAACAUAAUAUUAUGUAUCUUGUACUUAAAACUAAUGUAAAAUCGUGUUUAUUAACAACCAAAAAAGGAUAAUAAUA